ACGCGUUUCACAAACAUUUUAGUGAUUGUCAACCCCUCUGCAAAUAAUUAUUUUUAUUAUUUUGUUUGUGUUUAAUGUAAAAAGGGAAAUUCAAAAUUUAAUUAAAAAUGUAAAAUGCAAUAGCUAAACGCUAUACAGAAAAUAAAAUCGUAAGUUAGAGUUGCUACCACAUCGAUAUACGCCAUAUUUUUGCAGCAGACAGCAGAGCACAGAGUGUGAAAAGCAAGAGCUGGGAAAACAGAAUAGAGAAAAUAGCAGUGCGUUAUUAUUUUCCCACAACUGUGUCACAAGCAGUCUCCAAAAACGGACUGUAUUUGCGUAUGUGUGUGUAAGUGCGUUUGUGUGUGUAAAGAUCUUGUGUUAUUUAUUCAAUAAAAGCAAGAUGUCGGAAUUGUUAAAAACGCAACAGCAGCACGCGCAGCAACAACAACAACAGCAUCAGAGCAACAUUGGCAUCUAUGGCAAUAAAAUGAGUGUAAUUCCCAAUUAUACAUUGAGCGGAAUGAGCUCCUUUGAUGCCGAAUCGCUUCCUGAUUACUCAGAGUUUGAUUCCGAAUCGGUUACUUUGGACUAUUACAAGGAAAGUGUACUACGUCCCCAACCGGACAAAAUGGCGCCGACAACGACAAUUGAAACCAUAACAAUCACAAGGCCCCUCAAGGUGAUUGCAUUUAUUUGCGGAGUCAUCGUUGUGGUAUUGAUGAUUAUGGCCCUGGCAUCUACAGAUUGGCUAAUGGCAGCCGGUUGGCGGCAGGGCCUCUUUGUGCAUUGCAUCGAGGAUGAUUCAGCUUCACCGCUGCCAUUUAAUAUACAGGAUCCACCAGGCUGCUAUUGGACCCGUGAUAUUGGCUACAUUAAGGCAACUGCAGCGCUAUGCAUUAUCACAUUGAUAACGGAUGUCAUAGCCACAGUGUUGACUGGACUGGGCCUAAAGACACAGAAUCAUAAUAUUAAAUACAAAUUUUAUCGAAUAGCAGUGCUAGUAAUGCUGGUCUCACUAUUGGCCGUGCUCUCUGCUCUGAUUGUCUAUCCAGUGUGCUUUGCUGGCGAACUCACAAUGGCGAAUCGACGCGUUUGGGAGUUUGGCUGGGCCUAUGGGGUGGGCUGGGGCGCAGCAAUAUUCUUGUUUGGAGCCGUAGUUCUGCUGCUCUGUGACAAAGAAUCGGAGGAGAUCUAUUAUAAGGAGAGAAAAAUUGUACAUGAAAACCAAAUGCGCGCCUAGGCAAGGCCGCACGACCUGCCUGACGUCGUUCUUUAGACAUAAGCAUCUAGCAACACAUUCACUCACACAUAUACACACUCACAGACGUAUAUAAAUUUCAAAUUUGACUCACGACAAACGAACACACUCAAUCGAAAUAGUAAUUUUUCGUCAUAUUUAGUUAGACUUCUGAUUACGUCCAUCACAAACAAAUUUUAAGCCAAAAGAGAGAACCAUAACGACUUGACUUAAUUCUUCCCAUAGUACUGGGCAUUAGUUAGAUAAGACUUGUUUAUAUUUUAUUUGUUUUAUUUUUUUCUUCCGUAAGUUUUCCCCUGUGGAAUAUAAUUCUUCCAAAAAAAUACCAAUACACAUUUACAAAAAUAGUGGUAUAUAAUCUUCAAAUCGUAUCCAACCUACCUACCUAUAUAACAACACAUAUAUUAAAAUACAUGAUCGCAAAUCUUUAUCAGCGAGCUCGACAAAAUUAUAAUCAACUUUUAGUCUUGUCUUUGGCAUCAAUAUGACGAAAGCGAAACCAAAUUGUACUUUUAUGAAACAAUAUAUAAAAAUUUAUAUGAA